UUAGUGCUCUGCAGCAUUAGGACAUAGCGUUUGUGCUAUACGCCCUUUGAGCAUAAUAUCUACCAAAAAACGAUACUGCCUGCUCACGAAAUUAUUGCAAGAGAGGAAAGGUUUGGAGCUGACUAGGACAACAUGAAUUCCUUCUGGAUAUACACAAUUUGGAUACCAGGGUUCUUUUUCUUCUUUGGAUUUCAAGGGUUCCCCGUCCGAAGUGUGGAUAUGCAGCGAGCGACCGACAACAUUACUAUCCGUCAGGGUGAUACAGCGGUUAUCAGGUGUUACGUGGAUGAUAAGGUGUCCAAAGUUGCCUGGCUCAACCGAUCCAACAUCAUCUUCGCUGGGGAGGACAAGUGGUCGCUGGACCCGCGUGUGGACCUGGUGAACAAGGGCCAGCUGGAGUACAGCCUUCGCAUCCAGAAAGUGGAUGUGUACGACGAGGGCUCCUACACAUGUUCCAUCCAGACCAAACAGCAGUCCAAGACCUCUAAUGUCCAUCUCAUUGUCCAAGUUCCAGCAAACAUUUACAAAGUUUCGGAAGACAUCACUGUGAACGAAGGCAGCAAUGUGACAUUGAGUUGUCUAGCCAAUGGGAGGCCAGAUCCAUCAAUCACCUGGCGACUGCUCAAUCCAUCAGCCGAUUCUCUAGAUGGGGAGGAGUACCUGGAUAUAUCAGGGAUCAUGAGGAACCAGGCGGGCCGCUACGAAUGCAAAGCCAGCAAUGACGUGGCCACACCGGAUGUCAAAUACGUCAAUGUUGUCGUCAACUAUCCUCCCGCCAUCAAGAAUGCCAAGAGCUCUGAAACCCAGGUGGGCCGAAUGGGGGUUCUUCAGUGUGACGCGGCCGCAGUGCCCAAACCAGCGUUUGAGUGGUACAGAGAUGACAAGAGGCUAUCCAACGCCCAGGGAAUCAGCAUCCAGAUCGUAGGGACCACAACUGUCCUGAUGAUCUCCAACGUUACAGAAGAGGACUAUGGAAACUACACUUGUGUUGCAACCAACAAACUCGGGAUCCAAAAUGCUAGUCUCUUCCUCUAUAGACCUGGUACGGGCCGAGACAUCAACGGCUCCGCCUGCCUAUCCCAGUCACUGUGGCUCCUCCUGGCCUCCAUCACCUGCCUUCUCUUCAAGUGUUAAUAACACCACCAACCUACCAUUGUUAUUACCUACCCGGUUAUUACAUUGAGACUGUUUGCAUAACGUAACAAAAAUCCUGAUGUGCUUCGACGCACCAAACUAGAUAAUAAGAAGAUAGAAUGGGCUUAUUAAUAAGUUUUAGUAACAAAAAAAUAUGAAAUGGAGAAAAUGGAACAAACAGUGUUUUUAAAAAAAGAAACAGUUAUUACCAUUUGAAGAUGCUGAAGUCUUGCUUUUCCGCUGUCAUUACUCGUGUUUCAGUUGGGUGGGAUUGGGUGUGGUUCAUUGUAUUUUGUCCCCAUGAAUACGUAAGUCUAAACUCCCAAAUGGCAGGGAUUUCAGGUCAAGUACAACAAUCAUGGAUAUCUAUGAGAAGCACUGAGACAUUCAAGCUACUGUUACUUUCCUAAUGGAAUUUUACUGUAUUGUUAGACUAAAAGGUCAUUGUAACCAGUGCAUCAUCAAACAAUAAUACGCCAAUAUAUGUCCAAAAAUUGACAUUUAAAAAAUACAAAACAAUAGAUUUGAAAGUGUUUAUAAUACGCAUUAUGUCAAAGCCAACAUACUCCAGUCAACAUUACAGAAAAACAGUAGAACAUGCAAUGUUAUAUUUGGUAUACUUAAUUUCAAUAGUAAAGGGAUCAUAACCCAUAACUGGCUGAUUUUUGGACGCAUCAAAGGAGAUGCACAAUAACUGUGGACUAGCAUGGUUUGCAUCAGUGCAAAUGUGUAAUAAUCUUUAUGUCGAAAAGGAAGACCUACUUUCAUGACCUUCAUCAAACAAAACAUGCGUAAUAUUGAUGCGUUACUGUAUAUAUAUUUUUUUUUAAGUGUCUCUAUAUGAUAAAAAAUAACUUGUUUCACCACUGUAACAAGAAAAAUAGUAAUUAUUGUUACAGUAUAUGUUGCUUGUAUGAUUACAAACCAAUUAUAUGCUGUUCAGUUUCUCUAUGGCAAACUGUAUUUAGCUUCAGAAAUGGCCUGCCAUAUUAGAUUUUAUGUUGUCGACUUUCUCCAAUAAAUUUUGAGCUACCACAGUUAUACUGCUGGAAUUUGGAUAGAAAUGUAUGACAUGAAUGAUGUGCUUUUCUUUUCUGUAUGUGUGUUUUCAUAAUGACAUAUGGAAAUUCACAAUUUAUGGAUUUAUUUUCAAUAAUUUCCGUUAAUGGUGUAUAUACUUGAAUCCAAUGCCCUUAUAUAUAAAGAUAUUUCUAAAUAAGUCAGUCAUUUGUUGAUAAUUAACUUGAAGUAUUCCAUGGCAGCAGCGCUUUGCACCAUACAAGUAAAACCACUAGAGAACAAUGUUUUUAAAAGGGUUUAAUAAGGUCAAGUUUGUGCAUUUAUUGUACCUUUCCAAUUACAACAUUGUUUUAGUUUUUCUCUGAGUUGGGUACAUAGAUGUAUUUGGUUUCUAAAAUGAAAGCUCAUGGAGAGUGACCAUGAGCUGAAUGCCAAAAUGAAUUGAUGAACAACUGAGGCCAACAAAACAGACCGGUCUCAUGAUAACAUUGUCUACCGCUAUCUGUCAAGUCAGUGUGUUCACAAAACCAACCUGUAAUGUAAGUAAUGCUCUCUGAAAUCUCAUCAUCAUUAAAAAACCUCCACUGUAUUCAUACUGCUUUGGAACCAUGACUGGAAGGUAGUUGUCCAUCUAAGCAGUCUGAGUUCUUUGUUAGAAAACAGACGUGCUGUAUGUUAGCCUUAGUGCUAUACUGAGAAUCUAUCUGUGUGUCAUCUCUGUAUUUUCAAUUACCCAUAAAACAAUGAACGCUAGGCCUACUGUACAUCCUGCCUCUGGACGAUAGUUUAUUAACACUCCAAUGAAGAGGUAUGUAUUAUCAUUUAAUAAGAAGUGUUUUUACAUGUCUGAAUGGGAAGGCAUGUGGACUAUAGUACAGUACUGUAUAUGUCUACCUGUCAAAGCUAAAGCACUGGGGGAAAGCAGUGGGCGGUCUUGCAGUGAUUGACAGUCUCCUCAGCCAGUGAGUCAUCAGAUGUUUAGCUGAAGUCUUUCCCAAGAGGAGGGGUCUCACCUGACUGCGCUGUACCCUGCCUAUGAAUACAGCCCCUGAUCCCUUAUGACUGAUACCUGGGGAACUGAAGGGGACUGACAUGUCUACCUAGAUUCUUUCUAAUAAUAAACGUUGCAUCCCAUCGCUGUAUAAAAUUGGCUUGUGUGUCUGCACACACUGUUGAGUUACUUUGGCUUGUUUUAAGCCAUUGAAAGAGAUACAUGCGGCAUGAAUUACCAGUCAUUUACAUUGGUCACAUGUUUAUCCAUCCCACCAAGCUAUGGUUACAUGUGUAACCCACCAUCUUAUGGUUUAUCUCACCUGUAUAUACAUUUAUUUUUGAAUAUAUUUAAGUUGGCUAUCCCUAAGUUCACUUUGUUGAUAAGACUCCACUGUAGGACACAGAGGAAUGUCACAUUUGUACUUCCCUUUGUCACAAGAAUGGAAUUCCUAGACAAUUAUACAAUCAUUACACAGCAAUGUCUCUGUUUUUUCUAUUUGCUUUGAUUAAUGGUAACGUUAUUGCGAUUGAUUUCUAAAAAUGGUAUGUAAAGGUAUACAAGAAAAUGUUUUGACGCAAAAUAAAGUUGUUUGAACUCAGUGUUCUGUAUUUGAAUGUGGAUUGAGAUGUCAAUGAGUAAUCUUUUUGGAGAACGCUUGAAACACAGUAUCUUCCUGGUACAAUUGUGU